CAAUACGUAAACCAAUUUGGCCAUGAGUCCAUGGCGCCACCACGUGCCGCCCUUCCGAUCCUCUCAUUACUCCUCCAUGCUUCUCUCUCUCCUCCUACGAUCAACUUCUACUCUCUCUCAUCAUCGCCAUCCAUUUUUCCUCAACUUACCUCGGUCCGCCAUGGAAGCUAACUCUAAAGAUACCGAAGAGCCAAAAAAGGUUCAACAGGGAGAAACAUGUUAUAAAGGAGCCUCUGAUGUCGAUCCGUCGAAAAAAGUUUCCGAUCUUAUACUUCCUCAUAUCCUCAACCUGUAUGCAUCGCGUGCCUUACCUCGAGAUUUUGAAAUCUAUGCACCUGAUGCAUCCUUUGAAGAUCCACUUAUGUGCGCUCGUGGGAUAAAUCAAAUCAAGUCAGCCUUUUAUUCUCUUUCGAAGGUCUUUAGUGAGUCACGAAUUGUAGAGUACAGCAUCAAAGAAAAUAUACUUCCUCAUGGAAGGAGAGAGAUAGUCAUUGACAACAAGCAAUACUACAAGUUCAUGGGGAAGGAUAUUGAUAUGAUAUCACUCAUCAAGCUCUAUGUAGAGAAUGGGAAGGUCGUUCGUCAUGAAGAUUGGUGGAACAAGAAGCCACUAUGGGAUAGAGAGACUUCUAAGGUGCCACUAUUUGGACAAAUCAUGGAAAUGACUCGAAGGGCUUCCAUGUUAGCAACUCAUGCUAUGAUGAGGUUUGGGAAGGAUCCCACCAAAUAAUCGUCUUGAGAAAGGAUAUAUUCGUCAUUGUGUAUGAUCUAUGUGUGCCGUCUUAGCUGGCUUGUCAACUUCUAUAAGUCUGGGCACCCUGCUAUAGCAUGUGACAUUAGCUUGCUGUAAUAUAAUGGCCGAGUAGCAUGGGUUCAACAAACUCUGUUGUCAUGAGUUAACAUCAGAGUGGAGAAAUAUUCAAAUAUAUAUAUAAAUGACACUAUAAUCUAUUUUGUAUAAUCUGUUAGUAUCCAUGGUAACUAGUGACACAUAAUAUUCCACUAUUAAAAUCUUCAAUCGUCGUUA